UGGCCUUACGGGCCUUUCUCUUUCUCUUUCUCUCUCCCUCUCCUCUAUUUUAUCUCUGAAAACUCUAGCUUUUUGAUCACAAAGUCGCCAUAUAAUUCAACAUCGAUCUUGCAAGUUCGCCAUCUUUGUUCCUCACUAGCUUCCAACUUCCAGUUUCCAGACAGAUACUGUUGAGCCAUUUAAUAGAGAAAGAACCGAUCCUUCAGUAUCUCAAAAGAACAAACGGCAACCUGAAAUAACAAGAAAGAGAAAAUGGUUAGUGGGACGAUAUUUCAUUGCAAAAAAAACUCAUGGCCCCGAGAAGAGUAUGUCAGCAGAGUUACUUUGCAGUUGCUGGAUUAUGAUAGUGCUGUUCCACCUGAGCAAGCUUGGAGAAGGAGGUUAAACAGUCAUGCUAACAUUCUAAAAGAGUUUAGUAUCACAUUUAUGGAAGCAGUUAAAAUGGUUGGUCUUGGUUUUCGUUUGUGGUCAUAUGUGAGGGAAGAGGCAUCACAUGGAAGGAAAGCCCCUAUUGACCCUUUUAAUAGAGAAAGCACGAAGCCUUCAGCAUCUCAAGGAGUACCGCUGGGAGGAAUGGGAAGUGGCAGCAUAUCUAGAGGUUUCAGGGGAGAGUUUAGGCAGUGGCAAAUCAUACCUGGUAUAUGUGAGGCUUCCCCUGUCGUGGCCAAUCAAUUUUCUAUUUUUAUAUCUCGAGAUGGAGGAAGUAGAAAAUAUGCAUCAGUUUUGGCCCCAGGGCAGCCUGAAGGGUUAGGGAAAUCUGGUGAUCAGGGUGUAUCCUCUUGGGGUUGGAAUUUGAGUGGCCAGCAUUCAUCUUAUCAUGCUUUAUUUCCAAGGGCGUGGACAAUAUAUGAUGGUGAACCUGAUCCUGAACUGAAGAUCUCUUGCCGUCAAAUAUCUCCCUUUAUACCUCACAACUACAAGGAUAGCAGUCUUCCUGCUGCGGUCUUUGUUUAUACGUUGGUAAACAAUGGGAAGGAAAGGGCUAAAGUCAGCCUUCUUUUCACUUGGGCUAACUCUGUUGGAGGAGUCUCCCAUCUAUCUGGAGAGCAUGUUAAUGAACCAUUCAUCGGUGAAGACAACGUUUCUGGUGUUCUCCUGCAUCACAAGACCGCAAAGGACAACCCUCCAGUUACUUUUGCAAUAGCUGCUUGUGAAACACAGAAUGUAAAUGUGACUGUUCUUCCAUGCUUUGGUUUAGCGGAGGGAAGUUCUAUAACAGCAAAGGAUAUGUGGUCAAAAAUGACACAGGAUGGGCAAUUUGAUCGGGAGAAUUUUAGUGCUGGACCAAGCAUGCCAUCCAUGCCUGGAGAAACGCUUUGUGCAGCGAUUUCAGCUUCUACAUGGGUGGAGCCUCAUGGAAAGUGUACUGUUGCAUUUUCUGUUGCAUGGUCAUCCCCUAAAGUAAAGUUUUUGAAAGGAAGUUCUUAUUACAGGAUUUCUGUUUUGAGGUUCAAAAUCUUGAAAGGGUGCAGCUACAUGGUUAUUCUGUCAGCGAUAUACGAAGUACUAUGGUACAUCACUACGAGCGGCCGAGGAAUUGACUAUAAGAGAUGGGAGGAGGAUAUUGAGAAAUGGCAAGACCCGGUGCUGAAAGAUGAUAGACUGCCAGAAUGGUACAAAUUUACACUGUUUAAUGAACUAUACUUUCUGGUAGCUGGUGGGACUGUUUGGAUAGACUCGGCUGAGGCAGCUGGAAGUUCUUUAUAUGAUAAAAAGCAGCCGACAAAAGACGAGAACACAAAGUUUACGUCAGCAGAAAAGGUAGACUCUAAAGGCUUGGUAUUUGAGCAUAGAAAUGGGGCAAAUGUUGAUAAGGCCGAUGCUGGAAAAGGAAAUGUUUUAGAGGAGAUAGUAGUACCCUUGAGAAAAGCUAAGCAGCCGUUUUCUUUGGCAGAACCCCAGGAUGAGUGUAAUGAUGUGGGUAGAUUUCUUUAUCUGGAAGGAGUGGAAUACGUAAUGUGGUGCACAUAUGAUGUGCAUUUCUAUGCAUCUUUUGCACUGCUUGAUUUGUUUCCCAAAAUUGAACUUAGUAUUCAACGUGAAUUCGCCAAAGCUGUCCUGUCUGAGGAUGGUAGAAAAGUACGAUUCCUAGCUGAAGGUAACUGGGGAAUUCGCAAAGUAAGAGGAGCUGUUCCUCAUGAUCUGGGAACACAUGACCCGUGGAAAGAGAUGAAUGCUUAUAAUAUACACGAUACAAGCAAAUGGAAGGAUUUGAACCCCAAGUUUGUACUCCAGGUCUACAGAGAUUUCGCAGCAACAGGAGACAUGGCAUUUGGAAUUGAUGUUUGGCCUUCUGUUCGUGCUGCCAUGGAGUAUAUGGACCAGUUUGACAUGGAUGGUGAUGGCCUUAUAGAGAAUGAUGGAUUUCCAGAUCAGACAUAUGAUACAUGGACAGUUCAUGGAGUCAGUGCUUACUGUGGCUGUCUAUGGCUUGCAGCACUUCAGGCUGCAGCAGCAAUGGCUUUCCAAUUAGGUGACGAGGAAUUUGGUGAAAAAUACAAGAGAAAAUUUCAGAUGGCCAAACAUGCGUUUGAAGCCAAGCUGUGGAAUGGCUCUUACUUCAAUUAUGACUCUGGAUCAAGUAGUAACAGUAAAUCUAUUCAAGCUGAUCAAUUAGCUGGACAGUGGUACACAGCUUCGUCUGGGUUGCCUAAUCUCUUCGAUGACUUCAAAAUCAAGAGCACCCUGCAGAAAAUCUUUGAUUACAAUGUCAUGAAAGUUAAAGGAGGCAGGGCAGGUGCUGUAAAUGGGAUACAUCCCAACGGAAAGGUGGAUGAGACCUGCAUGCAAUCACGUGAAAUUUGGACUGGAGUUACUUAUGCUGUGGCUGCUAAAAUGAUUCUUGCAGGGAUGGAGGAGCAGGCCUUCUCAACUGCUGAAGGAAUUUUCAUUGCUGGAUGGUCUGAAGACGGAUAUGGAUAUUGGUUCCAAACCCCGGAGGCUUGGACAAUGGAUGGCCAUUUCCGUUCUCUAAUUUACAUGAGGCCGUUGGCAAUUUGGGGAAUGCAGUGGGCAUUAUCCAUGCCUACAGCAGUUAUUGAGGCGCCUAAGAUUAACAUAAUGGACAGGUCUGAUUUGCCUGCUUUAAGUUCAAGAUCCACUCGCAACGAGGCAGGUGGAAGAAAGGCCUCAAGAAAAAUGAAGUGUUUCGGGAACUCAGUGUUCAGUUGUGCAUGUUAAAUGUGUGUAUAUUGCUUUUUUCUAGCAGAAAUAUUAGUUGCUAGAUCCUUCAGUCUUCAAUCCUUACACCUAUUAAUCCUAUUGAUCCUCCCUUACCUCUACCAGCCUUUGUUAUUUCAGGAUGGAAGGGGUAUGGGUCAGAGCAUGAUUUUUUAUACAGGGAUUAAUAAUACAGAACCAGCUCCUUACCUCAAGAUAUAAUUGGUUGAAUUUAGGUACAACAAUUAACCAUUUUGCAAUGUAAAAACUGUGGAUUAUGUUCAGUUUCCCCAGAAUAAAGGUCCUUCACAAUCGAUUAUUUGUGACACCUAACUAACUUCAUGACCUGAAUA